CCAAAAGUGGGUCAACUCCGCCUCAUUCACAUGACUUGGCUUUGGAUCUUCUGCGGGGAGAGCGAGAGGCGUCAAUGUGCUCGCUCGCUGGCACAGCCGAUUAGUGCGGGAGAGAGAGAGAGACGGACAGAAAGGGAAAAGCAAAAUAUUAUUCCCCAGAUCCUUGACGUCAGGUUUUUAUUUUGGGGGGAGCGGAUGGGAGAGGUUUGAAGGGAUCUCCAGCCCGAGUGUAGAGCCGCCGUCCGCACGCCAGCGCCCGGGACCGGAGACGCCAGAAGAUGUCCCGCCCGAUCUCCCUCAAUUCCCGGUUCGUGCCGUCGACCCACGGAGUUCUCAAAUCUCUGCUGGAGAACCCCGUCAAACUGCCGCCGCGGCAUGAGGAGGGUUUCAGUAAGGACGAGAAAGAGAAGCAGCUAGAAGAUGAGGCCGCAGGCAGCACAGUCGCACAGUCGGCCUUCCUCGGACCCACGCUCUGGGACAAGACGCUGCCCUACGACGGUGACACUUUCCAGCUGGAGUACAUGGAUCUGGAAGAGUUCCUGUCGGAGAACGGAAUACCGCCCAGUCCGUCGCACCAGCAGAAGACAGGCCAACACUCGCCCCUCCAGCAUCCCGGAGCAUCUCAGGGGCCACCCAUCGACCUCAGCAGGGCAGGCACCUCUGUGCACCCAGGACUGGGCCCACAGACCCUCCUGCCGAGCACAGCAAGGACAGGCCAGAUUCUACCCCCAACCCGCAACACGCCCAGUCCGAUUGAUCCGGAGAGCAUUCAGGUGCCUGUCAGCUAUGAGCCAGACCCUGCUGACUUGGCCCUGUCCAGUAUCCCGGGACAGGAGAUGUUCGAUCCCCGCAAGCGCAAGUUCACGGACGAGGAGCUGAAGCCUCAGCCGAUGAUCAAGAAAGCACGCAAGGUCUUUGUGCCCGAUGAGAUGAAGGAUGAAAAAUACUGGGCUCGGCGCAGGAAGAAUAACAUGGCGGCCAAGCGCUCCCGAGAUGCCCGCCGUCUCAAGGAGAACCAGAUUGCCAUCCGUGCGGCCUUCCUGGAGAAGGAGAACUUGGCACUGCGCCAGGAAGUGGCAGACCUGCGGAAGGAGCUGAACAGAUGCAAGAACAUCCUGUCCAAGUACGAUGCCUGACCUGGGCACUGGUGGGCUCAGCCCCCUGAAAGGAUGCAAGACCUGCCCCACCUCUUUACGAUGGCAGUCCCUGACCCUCCGUUGUUCCCUCUCCCCCACCGUCCUCCACCACCCUACCUGCUGUUCUGUCACUGAACACGAGACGAGAGAGGCUGAAGGGCAUUAAUUCCACCCGGGCAGAGCUCUGCCUCGCUCUCGAAAAUGGGCCCUGUCUUUUCACCUAGAAACAAUAAUCACAGUAAGGUCUUUGACUCCUGGUUUCAGAGUUCCCUCCCUCCCCACAAAUCCAGCAUGCUCCCCUAUCCAACACACAAAACGGGUGGUCAAAUACUCCUAAUUUCCCGUUUUUAAAAGGAAUUCUUGUUAGAUAAUUGCAGCGUUUUAAAGGAAAGAAAUUGCAACCGGUCACCCAAACGCAGUUCACUGGCCCCUGGGCUUCUAACCCUGGGCACCGUGCCUGUUUUCGAGACCUCAUCUGUUGUUUCUAGAUCCAAGCCCAUCUCUUCCCCAUCGCCUCCCCCACCCUUCCACUUCCCAAGCUUAAUGGUGAAUUUAAAUGGAGAAAAUGCUCAAGCAUUCUCUAAGAUUAUACAUAAUUUAAAUUUCUGUUGUUAACUGUAUUUCCUUUCUCUGUGAUGUAUCCCUAAUGUGCUUUUUACAGUGAGAACAGUAACUUUUCAACAUUGGUGAACUUUCCCCUCCAAGUGCAUGCUUGUUUAUGAAAACAGAAUAACUACUUGUGAUUUUAUUUCCUUCUCCCGACACGGUUCUAGUCUCCCUGAGUGUAGGGCAUGGCGUGUUGGGUUCAGCUUUUCCCCUUCUCCAACUAAAAGCAAUAAUUGUAUGUAACGUCAGUGAAGGCAAGGUUUGUGCUUGAUUGGAGCCCUGGUGGUGCAGACUGUGUCCAAGGGCUGCUCCUGCGGUCUGGAAGAGGCUUGCUCUCUUCCCAGCUAAUGGGGUCCCGAGUUCUCGGAUUAAUCAGUUGCUCAUCAUCACUCAGCACGUCAGCUCCCCCACAGAGGCGGGGGCACAGCUGUCUGGACUCGGGGCUCCCACACCACAAAGAGUCAACGCUAGCUGCAGAUGGAGUCUACAGGGUUGAAAGAUCAGUUCUCCUUUGUAAAACAAAAAAAAAUCUCUAAAGAAAUGUAACCAAUGUGGGUGUUGAAGGCCAUUUGAUUUUGGAUAUUUGAAUGUAGAGGCAGUCAGUGCUGACCUCCAGCGAUGAGGGUGUUGCCGUGAACGGUGGUUAGUCCUGAUUUCUGGUCACCAGAAGCAUAGAUGUUCUAUACGAUGAUGUUAAUGUUUAUAGAGAGAAUUAUAAAGGUCCUUUUUGUACAGUAUUUUUGAAUGGAAUACUGACAAAUGUAUUUUAAGAAAAAUAAAAUGAUAUAUAUUGUGUAUUCUAUAAAGAAAGAGUCUAGAUCAUAGGACAGAAUAUUUCACUACUCAGUGGAUGGGGAGAGAGGUUUUAACGUAAAUGUUUGGAUACUUGGGCAGUUGUGUUUUUCUUAAAGUCAGAGGUGCAGUUAAUCGAUUUCUUGAAAGCAAAGUAUUUGUAUAAAGUAGCCCUCCAGCAAGGCUCAACAACACAUCAAUCAGAUUGGGUGGGGGGAAUACAGCUUAAGGGAGCUUGACUGAGAUUGUGCUCCUUGGUAUAGAGGGAGCUUGACUCUGUUUCAAACCCAACUGUUCCUGCCCUGGGAGUUUGUGAUGGGACAGUGUAGAGGGAGCUUCACUCUGUGUCUGACCCCGGGAGUGUGUGAUGGGACAGUUUAGAGGGAGCUUCAGUCGGUGUCUGACCCCGGGAGUGUGUGAUGGGACAGUAUAGAGGGAGCUUCACUCUGUGUCUGACCCUGGGAGUGUGUGAUGGGACGGUGUAGAGGGAGCUUCACUCUGUGUCUGACCCUGGGAGUGUGUGAUGGGACGGUGUAGAGGGAGCUUCACUCUGUGUCUGACCCUGGGAGUGUGUGAUGGGACGGUGUAGAGGGAGCUUCACUCUGUGUCUGACCCUGGGAGUGUGUGAUGGGACGGUGUAGAGGGAGCUUCACUCUGUGUCUGACCCUGGGAGUGUGUGAUGGGACGGUGUAGAGGGAGCUUCACUCUGUGUCUGACCCUGGGAGUGUGUGAUGGGACGGUGUAGAGGGAGCUUCACUCUGUGUCUGACCCUGGGAGUGUGUGAUGGGACCAGUAUAGAGGGAGCUUCACUCUGUGUCUGACCCUGGGAGUGUGUGAUGGGACAGAGUAGAGGGAGCUUCACUCUGUAUCUGACCCUGGGAGUGUGUGAUGGGACCAGUGUAGAGGGAGCUUCACUCUGUAUCUGACCCUGGGAGUGUGUGAUGGGACGGUGUAGAGGGAGCUUCAGUCAGUGUCUGACCCCGGGAGUGUGUGAUGGGACGGUGUAGAGGGAGCUUCACUCUGUGUCUGACCCCGGGAGUGUGUGAUGGGACAGAGUAGAGGGAGCUUCACUCUGUGUCUGACCCUGGGAGUGUGUGAUGGGACCAGUGUAGAGGGAGCUUCACUCUGUAUCUGACCCUGGGAGUGUGUGAUGGGACAGUGUAGAGGGAGCUUCAGUCAGGGUCUGACCCCGGGAGUGUGUGAUGGGACGGUGUGGAGGGAGCUUCACUCUGUAUCUGACCCCGGGAGUGUGUGAUGGGGCGGUAUAGAGGGAGCUUCACUCUAUGUCUAACCCUGGGUGUGUGUGAUGGGAUGGUGUAGAGGGAGCUUCAGUCUGUGUUUGACCCUGGGAAUGUGUGAUGGGACGCUGUAGAGGGAGCUUCACUCUGUGUCUAACCUGUGCUGUGUGUUUGACCCUGGGAAUGUGUGAUGGGACGCUGUAGAGGGAGCUUCACUCUGUGUCUAACCUGUGCUGUCCCUGUCAUGGGUACAUUUGAUGGAACGGUGUAGAGGGAACUUUACUCUGAUCCUAACCCACGCAGUAUCUUCCUGAGGAACUCUUGAAACUACCCUCCUGAGGAAAUGAUUCAGUAUGAACCAGCCACUGAAAUCCCUCACCUUGUUCAGCAAUGCUGGUGUGAUUGGACUCCCUAAGAUUUAAUUUCCACAUCUGGGCCUUGUUCUGCUCCAGCCGCUAACUCGGUGUCCUGGUAAACAAACCAUGACAUUGGUCUUACAUUAACUAAAACUCUGGGGGGCAGACUUCGACAGGAGAAACGCAUCAUGUUCGAGACCUGUGUUCAUCUAUCUAGUUCUGAAACUCAUCAUAAACUAUGUUGGGUAUUGGUAGCAGACCAGUUUGCAUCUGAAGGAGAUCUUUGAGUGGGACCCAUCGUUAGAAUUGGGUAGAGCUGGGUCAAUCCCCUGAUAGAACAGAGCAAAAAUAUGGAGUCACCAAUGCUCAUUGGUGCUUCAAAGAGACAGGCAAGUUCCAAUGUCUUUUCUCUUUCAGAUGCAUCCCUGACAUGCAUUCCAGCAAUUUCUGUUUUCUUUGGGACACACAACAGGGAAACGAGUGCCUUGAUGUAUGAUGAAAUCCAUGUUUAACUAGACAAGGUUCAGCUACAGAUAAAUGUAUUUGCUUUCAAUUCAUAGUUAAUUAUUUUAAGCUUUGAACAAAUAUAUUUGUGACCUCCACUCUCCUUUCUGUCCGAACAUUUCUCUGGUUCUGCAGAAUAUUGUCGCUGUAUUUGUGUGGGAGAAGUUCUGGGAGAAAGGUCAGGGUGGCGGAACUUGUACAGGUUAGUGCAGGGAAAUGCUUUCUUUGUGUAAGCCGCAUUUGUAUAUUUAAGAAAUAAAUGAGGGUUGGCUGAUUCUGAAGAUCCAAAUUAAAAACUGAAAUUGCUGGAAAUGCACAUUAGAUGCAUCAAUCCCCAAAGUAAUGAGGCAUUAGGAUGCGAUUCUUUAAAAACAAGGUCUCUAUCUGCCUUUUUUAACUGAGCUGCUGUGUUAAAGUUUUUUUUAUUUAUGUAUUUAGUAACCUAUCACAAAUGAGCAAGCAUCUGGGAGGCAUUUAAAAAGCCUCCACUCUAAACUUAAGGGGCUGUCUAGUCUUUUAGCUUCAGGCUUACUAAUUUAUAAUAACUUUACAAAUAAAGUGUUUUAUUUUCAGUGGAGUGAUGCUUUUUUUUAAAGAGAAAAAGAGAUCAAGCAUUGUAUUACUGGCAACGCCGUCAGGUGAUCAGUUAAAAGCAAGGAACUAGAAUUCCUUCCAGUUGUCUCCUGGUUUGCAUUUACUGUGCAGCCCGUUCCCAGCUGUAUGUAUUUGUAGAAGUGUUUAAUAAAUUCUUCUGUUGGCUUGGCUGUA